AAAAAAAGGAGAGAUGGAUUCUGGACUUUCAUGGGCUGAUCAAUGGGACGAUCACCCCGAUCCCCCGCCACCAUCAGCAGCAGCAGCAUCAGAGAAUGACAAGAAGAAGAACAAGGAUGGGUCUAAAGGGAGCAAGAUUGGGAAGUCAAUAUUAAAUUUCAAAUGGGUGAAAGAUAUCCGCAAGAAAUCUCAGAAAGAAUGAGGACCGCUUGUGAUUAUGAAGGCCUCUUUUGCUACAAAAGAAAAUACGUUCAAUAGGCUUCACCCUCCCAUAUUGCUUCCGGGGUCUCUGUCACUUCAUAUAUGAUUCAAUAAUAUUUAACUAUAGUCUAUCCUCCAUUCUUUAUGUUAAGAAUAAUGAGACAAGACAUUCUUUAUUUUUUUCUUCAAUUUCUUUUCCAUUUUAAUUUUAUUUGUAUCAUGAGUAACAUUGUUAAAAGCCUAAUGAUAGGCAACUACAUAUAUAUAUUAUACUUUAUA